AGUACUUGGGCCGCGACUGAUGACGUUUCACAAGAACGCAAGUACAGACAAGAACGCAUAUUGAGAAACGGCUAAGGUCUUCAUGAUCACUAGAAAAUCAGAGGUGGGUAAGUUUGAUUAGGGUUGGACCGGGUGUGCCUCAUAAGCCUUGAAAAGUGAAGCCUCUGGCUCUUUGAUCGCCCCCUGGUGGCUGGCUGCAGUACAAGUCAUAACCCCGCCCUCUCCAUUCAAAUGAAUGGGACUUUGCUCUAAAAAAAAAAAUAUUUACACUUCCAAUAAAAGUUUUCGAAAGAUGGUUUUGGUCCUUUCAUGUAGUUGUUAUCACGCUGAUAUAUGUUCAAGUGUUCAUUUUUGUGAUAAGUUUCAUUUUAGCUUGUAAUUUGAUGCUAUAGAAACGGGGCGUGUCGUUAUGAUUGGAGUGGUUGCAUUGGCCGCACGAGCGUUUGGGCGGAAGUUUAAUACCGCGGCUCCGCCUCUGGCUUCACGGACGAUUCCUUCUGCGCAUGCCUUGGCUCCAAACUGACGUUUUUACGUAACAUGGCGGUGACCGUGGUCGGACAUUUUUGGCUUCAAUUCAUUACAAUGGUGGGAGGCGACGUCGCGUCGUCCAUCUUUUUUUACAGUCUAUGGGUUGGACCUAAACUCUGUAGUGCUCUGGCCCUCCAGGGUAAGAUUUGGGGAAUAAUGUUAUUGUAUGUGAAUAUCACUGCAGUAUAGCAAGGUGUAACAAAGUGACCGAAUAAUAAACAAUAAAAAAUACAGAUCUCACCUACAGCCAUCACAUCACAUGACAUGCAUGUCAGUCUGUCCUAAUAUCAGCGGUACAUUUAACACAACAAUGCACGUAAGUAGAAUAAUGACAUAUAUUUUAAAGACUGACCUUGCACAGUUUAUUUAUUUAUACCAAAAUUGGCUGAAACAUAGUACAAAAUGACAAUUAAAUUACUCCUGAAUAACAGGGGAGACACAGCAAUCCAUAAAGUGGGAACAAUAACAGGGUAAAUAAAAUACCAAAACAUCAACUAUUUUAUUUGCUUUUUUAUUAAAUCUUACUGCUAUAAAAGCUACAGAAAGAGCAUUAACCCUUUAACUGUCAUAUUCAUGGCUGUGAAUGAUCAGAAAUUUAUAUUUUCCAGCAAAUAGUACAUUCUGACUACAAAAUUACAAAAUUAACAACAGUUGAAUUAGUUAAAGUGUAACCAUGUUACAAAAAAGCAAAGUUAAACUAUACUGUAACAAAACUUUAAUUUAAUUUAAUUGUGGAACCCAUGGUUUAAAUACAGUGACCAUGUUUUUAGGUUUAAUUAAUAAAACCAUCAGUGUUCAAAUUGAUGGUUGGGGUUGUCCCGGACCUCCUAUAAGCCUUGAGGGACCGCCUAUAAAAUGUAACUUGGGGGGGGGUCACCUGGUAUUUAUUAAAAUUAAAAUACUACAUGAAUUUAGCAUUUUCGUGCUGUGCUGUCACAAAGAGAUAUUGUUUAUUAUUUGUCCCAAUUUCGCAAUGAACUAAUCCAAAAGAUUUCUGUCUGAAAUAAAUGUAAACUCUCAACUGCGCCUCGAUCACUCUGUUUUCUGAAGGAAUUGACAGACGAGUUGUCUGCGUGUGGAUUAUUUUCACCUCUUUGACGGUAAGUAUCUUUAGUCAUUUUUUUUAUGGUUGGGGAUAUAAAAAAAUCCUCUCAAACUAUUAUUUCAUACCAGUGGCGAGGCUACCCUCUCAGAUUGACGGCUGGUCCAGAGACAACAUAUUUUAUUGGGAAAGCAGGAGCAAUCACACAUAAAUAAAAAUAAAUGAUACUCUCUUUAAUACUAAUCGCUCAAAUACGCAUCAUUCAGAAAAAAUAACUAUUUCUAGAAAGUUUAUCAUUUGCAUGUGUUUCUAACACUUGCAAAUGUUAACAUGCAAGCGCUUUUAAACAACUUGAGCGCAAGAAGAUGUUAAAGUGAGCUGUUUUCUGUGCGCGCAGACGCACAUAAAUGAACGCACACUAAUAAGCGCAUGCUCGGAGACGCGCUUUCAAAAAUCACGCAAACACAAAAUUACCUUGAAAUAUCGCAAUCGUGCACGUAUCGUGUUCUCAUAAUAAACCGCCAGCUAGUUAGUUAGUGCAAACCGUUCACAGAGAAACCAGAUGUGUGUCAGUAGAUGGAUCCGUGCUUAUUGUCCGUCCGUCCAGUAUAUUGAUCCGUCUUAAAGUGGCAGUGCCUGAGUGCCCUCAAGAAAUCUGCUUUGUGUCAUUAUUAUAUUAAUUAUACACGAGAAGACAAAAGGAAAAUCACUUUAAAAAAAGAUUAAUUAUACAAUGAAGAAGACAGUGUUAUUAUUCAUUUAAUUUUAAUUCUGUACCUAAAUACUACUGUUAGACCUUAUUUUAUUUGUUUUUUUCUAUUUUUAUAUGCUUAUAAUUUCUUAAUUUGUUCUCAUUAUUCGAUGCAAGAAUCAAAUAACGUUAUCCAUUUAACCACUACUAUAUUGUAAAAUUAGGUAAUUUGAGAGUAGGCAUUAAAGUCCACCCUAUUUCACCAAAGUCCACUCAGUUUAAAAAUUCUGGCCUCGGCACUGUUUCACACUAAUAUGAGGGGUAAAAGAAGUUUCUUUGAUUAAAUCCAAGAACACAUCUUACUUAAUGAAAUCGCAGUGAGCAUAUAAUGAAAGGGUCUAGGGCUUGGCAGGGGGUGGGGCUUAGGGGACCCCCCCAUAAGCUUUGUCAUAAUUCGAACACUGAAAACCAUGGCUAGUUUGUGUAAUUAGUCAACCAAAAUUUUUAAACAACCAUGUGAAGAAUGUAAUGUUAUUCGAUGAAAGUAAAAAAGAGCAUCAUCAUUUUUUGAAUUUAGGAGCGCCACUGUGCCAUGUGCCGAUUUUUACUUUACGUUUAACCUUUUAAAUACUCUCAUCCUUGGUGUGUUGCUUAAAUGUAUAGUUUAAUGUGCACAAAUAUUGCGUUAUAUGUGCAGACAUCCAUCGCUUAUGUAACAAGAUGUUCAUCGGUGGUAAGCGCGCAUGCGCGUUCUCACUCAGCCUCAUCAGCACCAGCGCAACACAGGACAUCGCGAUGCUCCUGUCUGCUCCUACGGCACGGACUCGUCCUCUCCGGAUAAAUAUCUGGCGUUAAAGGACGUCAGAGAGGUGAAGGAGGAGACCACUUUGGAUGAGAAGCUCUUUCUGUUAGCCUGCGAGAAGGGUGAUUACUAUAUGGUAAAGAAGCUUCUUGAGGAGAAACGACAAGGUGACUUAAACAUUAACUGUGUGGAUGUGCUGGGUAGAGAUGCUGUCACCAUUGUAAUUGAAAAUGAGAAUCUGGACAUUUUGCAGUUGCUCUUAGACCAUGGCUGCCAGGCCACAGACGCAUUAUUAGUGGCUAUUGAUGCAGAAGUUGUAGGAGCUGUUGAUAUCCUGCUGAACCAUCGGCCUAGACGUUCUUCGAAGCCUUCCAUGGCGAAAUUGAUGCAGCGCAUCCAGAACCCGGAGUAUUCUACUACCAUGGAUGUCGCUCCAGUCAUUCUUGCAGCCCACAGAAACAAUUAUGAGAUUCUGACCAUGCUAUUAAAACAGGACAUCUCGCUUCCCCGACCCCACGCUGUUGGUUGCGAGUGCACUCUCUGUAAUGCCAAGAACAAGAAGGACAGUCUUCGUCACUCAAGGUUUCGUCUAGAUAUCUACCGGUGCCUUGCCAGCCCAUCUUUGAUCAUGCUUACAGAAGAAGACCCCAUUCUCAGAGCAUUUGAGCUCAGUGCUGACCUGAAAGAGCUAAGCCUGGUGGAAGUGGAGUUUCGGAAUGAUUAUGAAGAGCUUGCUAAACAGUGCAAGAUGUUUGCCACAGACCUGUUGGCUCAGGCCCGUAACUCUCGUGAGCUGGAGGUCAUACUAAACCACACGUCCAAUGAGGACCACAUCAACAAAAGAGGCCUGCUUGAGGAGCGCAUGAAUCUCAGUCGACUCAAACUGGCCAUCAAAUACAACCAAAAGGAGUUUGUGGCCCAAUCCAACUGUCAGCAGUUUCUGAACACAGUGUGGUUUGGAGAGAUGGCAAGCUAUCGACGCAAGCACACAUGCUUGAAGAUCCUGUCUGUUUUGAGUGUUGCACUGCUGUGGCCGCUGCUGUCCGUCUGCUACCUGCUGGGACCUCGAUCUCGUGUUGGCCAUGUCAUCCACACACCGUUUGUCAAAUUCAUCAUCCAUAGCGCCUCCUACUUUACCUUUCUGCUGCUUCUAAACUUGUACUCGCUGGUCUACAAUGAGGGUAAAAAGAAUACCAUGGGUCCUGCUUUAGAACUGAUUGACUACCUUCUUAUCCUCUGGAUCAUUGGCAUGGUGUGGUCAGAUGUGAAACGUCUAUGGUAUGAGGGAUUGGAGGAUUUCCUUGAAGAGUCCCGAAACCAGCUGAGUUUCGUCAUGAAUUCCCUUUAUUUGGCCACCUUCGCUCUGAAAGUGGUGGCUCACAGCCAGUUUAAGAAUAAAGAAGAGACGGAGAGAAAAAACUGGGAUGCGUUCCAUCCGAUCCUCGUCGCUGAAGGCCUUUUUGCUUUUGCCAAUGUUCUGAGUUAUCUGCGUCUCUUCUUCAUGUACACCACCAGCUCCAUCUUGGGGCCGUUACAGAUAUCCAUGGGCCAAAUGCUUCAAGAGUUUGGGAAGUUUCUUGGCUUGUUCCUGCUGGUGCUCAUUUCUUUCACCAUCGGCCUGACACAGCUGUAUGGAAAGGACGAGAAGGAUCCAGCCAGGAGCAAAGAUGAAAACAAAGACUGCCAAGGCAUCUUCUGUCAGCGGCAGAGCAACGACACGUUUUACACGUUUAUGGGAACAUGUUAUGCCCUCUUUUGGUACAUUUUCUCCCUGGCACAUGUGGCUUUGUUCGUCACGAGGAUCAGUUACACAGAGGAGCUACGUUCAUUUGUCGGCGCUCUUAUUGUCGGGACGUACAACAUUGUUGUGGUGAUCGUUCUUACCAAACUCCUGGUUGCUAUGCUGCACAAGAGCUUCCGACAAAUCGCUAACCAUGAAGAUAAGGAGUGGAAGUUUGCCCGUGCCAAGCUGUGGCUCAGCUACUUUGAUGACAAAUGCACCCUGCCUCCACCUUUCAACAUCCUCCCCUCGCCCAAGACUGUGUGUUAUCUGCUGGUUAGCUUGAGCAAAUGGAUCUGUUCUCAUACCUCUACAGGCAAAGUCCAGAGACAGAACAGCCUCAAGGAAUGGAAGAACCUAAAACAGAAGAGAGAUGAGAAUUACCAGAAGAUCAUGUGCUGUCUUGUGCACCGCUAUCUGACUUCCACACGCCAAAAGAUGCAAAGCACAGACCAGGCCACAGUGGAGAACCUCCAUGAUCUGCGUCAAGACCUCUCCAAGUUUCGCAACGAAAUGAGGGACCUUCUGGGCUUCCGCACCUCCAAAUAUGCCAUGUUCUACCCCAGAAGCUAAGCCAUGCCUAUUUAGUAAAUGCUCAGCAUGCUAGGCAAAUCUCUUCUUCUGUUUCUUGGGAAGAUAUAAAAUGACAAAAAUCAUCUUGGGACUCUACUGGAAUCGUAUUACAUUGUAUAUUCUACGCCAAAGCCUCCAGAACCAUAAAAGUUAUGUAAUAUUCUUGCGCCCUACUUGUUUUCUAAUAUUGUGAAAAUUCUUUUCAAAUAAAUAACAUUUACUAUGAAGAAAUUA